UGUUGCUCGCCGCAGGUGGCGCAGAGGGGUUUGAGGAAUGUGCCACCUGUAGGUGGAUGUCUGCAGGAAUCAUGGGUGGAGCUGGAGUGAAGGAGGAGCUGUGUGUAAGUGUGUCACCUCACUGUUUCCUGGAGUCUUCUUCAGAUGAUUACCAGCGACCCGACAGCUUCAACAGAGACUGCUGCUCACUCGUCCAACAUGGUCUGCAGGACGCUCUGCUGGAGGCUCGUGUUUGUGACGCUGCUGGGGUUUGACGCUCACAGAGCUCAGGAGUGUGAGGAGAUGACGGACCUGAAUCUGAAGCACUCUCUGUCUGGGACGUCGCUGAGCGUGAGGCUCCUGCUCUACACUCGGGUCAAUGCGUCUUGCGCUCAGCUGCUGUCCCAUCGAGAGCCCUUCAGCAGCCCUCGCUUUAACCUCAGCUCCCCGAGCACCUUCCUCAUCCACGGCUACCGGCCCACCGGCUCGCCUCCCGUCUGGCUCACUCAGUUCGUGCAGCUCCUCCUGCAGCGCCGCGACAUGAACGUGAUCGUGGUGGACUGGAACCGUGGGGCCACCAACAUAAACUACUGGAAAGUGGUGGAUAACACACGCAAGGUGGCCGCGAACCUCACCGACCUCAUCCAGAAAAUGGAGGUCAACGGGGCCAAUCUCAGCUCCAUACACAUGAUUGGUGUUAGUUUAGGGGCCCACAUUUCAGGUUUCACUGGGGCCAAUUUUAAUGGAAGAAUUGGCAGAAUAACAGCGCUGGAUCCAGCAGGGCCGGAGUUUAACGGUCAGCCCCCCAGCGAGCGUCUCGACCCGUCUGAUGCCCAGUUCGUGGAGGCCCUGCACACAGACAUGGACGCGCUGGGCUAUCGUGAUCUCCUGGGUCACAUCGACUAUUACGCAAACGGUGGAGCGGAUCAGCCUGGAUGCCCCAGAACCAUCUUUUCAGCCUAUUAA